AUGUCACCAAUCACUCGUUUCAUUUUGGUGUCUUUAGUGUUCCAUCUUUUGUACACCGCCUCAAUCUUUGAUAUCUACUUCACUUCGCCAGUCGUUCAUCCCUCUAGAAGAUUUUCACCAGAAGACUCCUUCAUUGAAGCGGACAAGUUUCGGAGAACAGUAGAAGCACCAGCGGAACGAUUAGUGCUCAUUGUUGGGGAUGGCUUACGUGCAGAUACACUUUUCAAGCAUCAUGAUAUGUCAUAUAUGCCUUCUUGGGCUGCAGAAGAUGUAGCGACAAAAGGAAGAAUUUCGGUGGACACCGCAUUGGCACCAAUCAAAUCUUGGACCGGCAAGCCAAACGCGCAAAUUAAGGCAGAAACAUUUGAUGCAGCACCAUAUCUUCGCAAUGUGAUCGAGAAAAGAGGUGCAUGGGGCAUCAGUCAUACUCGUGUACCAACAGAGAGUCGACCGGGACAUGUCGCAUUGAUCGCUGGGAUGUAUGAAGAUGUCAGUGCGGUAACGAAAGGGUGGAAAUUGAACCCGGUCUCAUUCGAUUCACUCCUCAAUCAAUCCUCGCAUGCGUUUUCAUUUGGAUCGCCAGACAUUCUGCCUAUGUUUGCGACUGGUGCAACACCGGGAAAAGUUGAUAUGCAGUCUUAUGCGGAAGAAGAGGAGGACUUUACAUCUGAUGCAACAAAUCUCGAUAUUUGGGUCUUGGACAGAUUGCGAGAUCUUUUGACAUCGGCAAAGACCAAUAGCACUUUGGCAGACCAGCUACGUGCUCCUAAAACGGUGUUUUUCUUGCAUCUGCUUGGAUUGGAUACCACCGGACAUACGUAUAGACCAAGAUCGGCUGAAUAUGUCGGCAAUCUGAUGAUCGUGGACACGAUUGUGGCAGAAACAGAAAGAAUGCUAACUGAAUUCUAUGGAAGUGAAGAAGCCAAAAAGACAGCUUAUGUUUUCAGUGCAGAUCAUGGAAUGAGUCACAAAGGAAAUCAUGGUGAUGGGGAGCCAGACAAUACACGUACGCCUUUGGUAGCAUGGGGAUCUGGAAUACGAAAGCCGCGUGAACAGGGAAGAAAACAGCAUUGGCGAGUACCAGAAAUGGAAAAAGAUGAUUAUUAUCAAGGUUGGGGCUCUUUAGAUCGCUUUUGGAGAACGGAUGUAGAACAAGCAGAUAUCACGCCGCUGAUGUCUGCUCUGAUAGGCGCAAAUAUGCCAGCAAACUCAGAGGGUAGAUUACCACUUGAUUACCUUGAUAUCACCAAAGAACAAGCAGCUAGAGCCAUGCUGGCGAAUGCAUUAGAGGUGCUUGAAGUCUACCGAGUCAAACAUGAACAACGAAGUGAGCGAAUGUUAAGGUACGUUCCCUUCUCUCAGCUUCCCAGCGAAGAUGGAGCAGCACCUGGCUCAAGUAACGUAGAGACCAUCAAGGCGGCCUUGUCCAAAGGAGAAUACGAAAAAGUGAUCGGCCACAGUGAGAAGCUGAUCAAGGAUGCUUUGGAAGGUGCAGCAUACCUGCAAACAUACGAUUGGCUGAUGCUCGUUGCCGUCAUCACGAUCGGGUAUGCGGGCUCGAUGCUUUACGGAACGCUAUUUUUACUACGUCAUUACGUCUUGGACGUAUCACAAUCUCAAAUUCUGAAAGAGCGGUCGCCAGGGCUACCCUUUGGCAGAAUUGCUGUUGGCACAAUACUUUCAUCGCUUUGGGCCAAAUUUGCCUAUGAGCAAUCUCCUGUUACCUACUACCUUUACGCCGGAUUUGCAGCAUUCUUUUGGAUUCGAUUGAUGGAUGAGAGAAGAGUGUUUGCACUGGUGUGGAACAAGGCAGUCUCGUACCACUCCGAACAAGGUCAAAGCAAUCCCAAAUCAACAGUAUUACUCUCAAUCUCGAUUCGUGUGGUUUUGGGUCUUGCCGCUCUGGAAUUGAUGGUGGUCGGAUAUCUUAAUCGUUUGGCAUGGACAGCAGGUUUUAUCUACUUGGGAUUGAUUUGGCCAGCAGCGGGAAUGAUUGCAGAUGUCAAAUCAAGACACGAACUUCUGCUCAUAUUAUGGUUCUUUUGCUGUGGAUUCUGCAGUUUGUUCACUGCUGGAAGUGUGGAAAAGGAAGAGAGUAUUCCGUACCUCAUUGCUUCAGGGCUUUUGUUCCUUUUGGCCGGUGCUGUAAUCAUUCGCUGGAGUGGAACGUUUAUGGAAGUUUCAAAAGAUGGCAAUGAUCAAGAAGCAGAGGCGCAAGCUCGAACACAUGUUACACGAACGAAAAGAGUGCUAACGGUCCAGCUUGUCGUCUUGAUCGUUUCGGCUUUGGUCACUGCAAGCUCUUCAGCCAGUCUUCAGGCAAAGAAGGGAUUACCACGUUUGAACCAAAUCGUUGCUUGGGCUGUAUUGUUCCUUUGCUUGACAUUCCCAUUCGUAACGGGCCUGAAGGGAAAAGGUGUUGCUCAACCACCUUCUCAACGAUUGAUGAUCGUCAUCUUUGCCUUUGCGCCAGUCUUUGUUUUGCUCUCUUUACGUGAUGAGACGUUAUUCUUUGGUUGUUAUACAAUGACACUGAUCAUAUGGGCAAAGUUGGAAGCAGGGCUUUAUGAGGAAAGGCUUUAUCAACGCAAUGCGGUCGCGAAUGAGUCCGGACGGGCUCUAGAGAAAGAAGAUGUACGGAUUGCAAUCUGUUUCCUGUUCUUCUUGCAUGUUGGCUUCUUUGGAACUGGAAACAUUGCUUCCAUCUCAUCAUUCUACCUUUCUCCCGUCUAUCGACUGAUUCCGAUCUUCAGCCCAUUCUUGAUGGCUGCAUUGCUAAUCCUCAAGAUUAUGGUGCCUUUCAUUGUUUUGGCUUCAGUGUUCCAGAUGCUAUGUUUGACUCCACCACACACGAAACGCACAUCCGGCAAGCAUAUCAGAAAGACUGGAUACGAUUUAGCAGGACCACCUCUAUUCGGAUCGGAAAGUGUAGGAGGAUUAGGAUUACGUGAUGCAUACUCAUUGGUCCUAUUGGCAUGCAUAUUUACGGAUGUGCUAGCAUUAAAUUUCUUGCUUACCGUUCAAACAAAAGGAAGUUGGCUGGAAAUUGGUCAAUCGAUCACGCAUUUUGCUAUGAGUAAUUUAUUGCAAGUUUUCAUUCUUGCAUUAAGUGCUUUAGCAGAUGUUGUCGUUGGAAGAGGCGGGAAAGUGGUUUUGGGAACAAAAAGAGAAUGAUGCAGUAGAAUAAUAAGAUAUUAUGUACUUUUACUAGACCUUUAAACAUCAUAGAAAUGAUACUGAGUAAUGAUUGC